AUGAAGUUCUCUCUCGCUCUCCUCGUCUCGGCCUCUAGCGCCCUGGCCGCUCCCACCCCUCCUGGUAUCCCCAGCGACACAACCGCCAGGUCCCUCCUCAGCGGCCUCACUGUCGCCGCGUCCACCAACACUGACACCUACGACCGAGACCUGUUUCCCCACUGGGAGACUGUCUCGGGAGCUUGCAACACCCGCGAGUUCGUCCUUCAGCGUGACGGCACCAACGUUCAGACCAACAGUGCCUGCGCUGCCACUUCCGGAACAUGGCGCUCUCCCUACGACGGCGCAACAUGGACGCAGGCCAGCGACGUCGAUAUUGACCACAUGGUUCCCCUCCAAAACGCCUGGAUCUCCGGAGCCGCCUCUUGGACAACCGCCAAGCGGAGGGACUUUGCCAACGACAUCACCAGGCCCCAGCUCUGGGCCGUCACCGACAACGUCAACCAGGCCAAGGGCAGCGCUACCCCCGCCACCUGGAAGCCUCCCUUGACGAGCUUCUACUGCACCUACGCCAAGAGUUGGAUCCAGGUCAAGAGCUACUGGCAGCUGACCAUCACCAGCGCCGAGAAGACUGCCCUGACCGAUAUGCUCAACUAUUGCUGA